CGGCCGCCGCCAUUUCGGGCGCCGUGAGGGGGCUGCGCGUCCCGCCCGCGCUCCGGACGCGUCCUGCGGCACCGCGCAGCCCCGCGGCGGGGCGUGCGCUCAGCACUCAAUUGAACAGUACUUAAAAAUAAACCAGGUUCUUUAUCUCGGGAAAGAUGGCAGAUCCCUGGCAAGAAUGUAUGGAUUAUGCAGUUGGUUUAGCAAGGAAAGCUGGGGAGAUAAUCCGUGGAGCACUCAAAGAAGAAAUAUCUGUUAUGACUAAAAGUUCACCUGUAGAUCUAGUGACAGAAACUGAUCAAAAAGUAGAAAACUUCAUUAUUUCUUUGAUAAAAGAAAAGUAUCCUUCUCACAGCUUUAUUGGAGAGGAAUCUGUUGCAGCUGGAGAGGGCAGCAUUCUGACAGACAACCCCACGUGGAUUAUAGACCCAAUUGAUGGAACUACCAACUUUGUACACAGGUUUCCAUUUGUGGCAGUUUCAAUUGGCUUUGUUGUAAACAAAAAGAUAGAGUUUGGAAUUGUGUAUAGUUGUGUAGAAGAUAAGAUGUAUACUGCCAGAAAAGGAAAAGGUGCAUUUUGCAAUGGUCAGAAACUUCAAGUAUCGGGCCAAGAAGACAUUACAAAAUCCCUUUUAGUAACAGAAUUGGGGUCAAAUCGUGAUCCAGAGGCUAUAAAAAUAAUUCUUUCUAAUAUGGAAAGACUUCUCAGUAUUCCUAUUCAUGGCAUUAGAGCUGUUGGUACAGCAGCUGUGAACAUGUGCCUUGUGGCAACAGGUGGAGCUGAUGCCUAUUAUGAAAUGGGGAUUCACUGCUGGGAUAUGGCAGGAGCUGGAAUCAUUAUUACUGAAGCUGGUGGAGUCCUGCUGGAUGUAACAGGUGGACCGUUUGAUUUGAUGUCUCGAAGAAUAAUUGCAGCAAGCAGUCAAGCUAUUGGAGAGAGAAUAGCGAAAGCACUUCAAGUAAUUCCUCUGAGAAGAGAUGAUGCAACCAACUGAACACCAAAGCUGGACCUUAAAUGUUUUUUUCUAAUGUUGUCUCAUAUUCCCACAUGGUGGUUGUUCUACACCUUGAAUAGAUGGUAGUCUUUCAGUACUGGUGUGGCUGCUAAGUAGAGCUUUGAGAUUGAUCAAUAUUGUAAGUAAGCUGUAACUGUUGAGUAUUUUAUUUAACAUCACAAUUAGAUAAAAAUCUAGAAAAAGAAGCAAAUAUAUGCAACUAGUAUUUUCAAGUUUUAUACUACACUGGAACACAUAGCAAGAGACUCUUUGAUGUAUAGAUCAAUAAAGAUCUCUAGUUCUGUUAGUGACAAAACCAAAAACUGCUGUCCUAACACCACAUCAUCACAGCUGAUCCUGAACCCAAAAAGAUGAAGGCAUUACUGUUUAUCCUGUCUUUCUCUGUCUGGUUUCCAGUGGUAUCCAUUUCCAUACCUCAUUGCAGUUUUUGUAAAGGUAGUUCACACAUUUCCAAACUUGUUAGUUGCUCAUAGUUUUGGCUACAGUUUAAAGCUUUUAGUACUUAGGUAUCAUUGGUUUUGUAGCCAUCCUACCUUUCUGAUGGUACAUAGACACAGUCUCUUCUUUAGCCUCAUAUGUGGCCAGUACACUUGCAAACCCAUUACAAUUUCAAAAGUAAUAGUUAUUGUGCCAGAAAAUAUGUGCAUCUUCCAGAAUUAAGGUCUGAGCACGCCUAGCACCAAAUGUACUUACUUGAAAUUAAGAUGCAGUAUGAUUUUCAUUUUGUUAAUUUUGGUUGAGUUUCUUCAUGGAUGAGUGUGUUUUGAAGUCUAAGGAAUCAUUAAAUCCAAGAGAGUUUUCAGUACUUCUGCUGGCAAAAAAAUAAGCCCAUAGUCCAUAUUUUUUACAUAAUUUUCUGUAAGUUACAAAAGCAGUGACCAACCAGGAGCAGGUUUCCAUUGUGUUUUACAGAAUGUACACAGAAGAAGAUACAUAUGUAAACCUAAAGGGUUUAUAAAUUAAGAAAUAUUAGUGAUUUAAUUCUAGGUGUCAGUUUUUGUAAACUUUGAAAAUUAUACUGGUUCUCUGCAUUUUUGUAUUUAAGAUUGUUAAAAGCAUCAGUGCACUGUUCAAAUAAUUAAUGCACUUUAAAAAAAAGAUGUCACUCAGAUCAGUUUUUAGACUGAUUUUUUUUUGUGUUGAAAAGAAAGUUGUCUCAUUGGUUGUUUAGUCAAGACACAGCAAUGGAAAGUAUGACUUUUUGUACUGCUGUCCCACUAUUUUUAUUUUGAAAAACGGUAUACUGAAGUUUCAACAGAUUGCAUAUUAUAAAUGUCAGGGGUUUUUAUCAGUUGAUUUCUGCAGAUUUUUCAGAAAUACUUAAUUUUAAGAUGUAUCUAAUGCCAGAUGAUUAAUGUUAAUGAGGUCAGCCUGCUAUUUUAAAGGUCCUCCCAAAAAGCCAGACUUACAGUUAUUUUACUUUUUAAAUUCGUGUUGACAAGGAUGGAAAACUUGAGCAUUUCAGUGUAACUUUGUUGCUGUAAACAAUGUUUGUGGGAUCAUGGUUAUUUUUGAAUGUCUUCUGUACCAUUUCUGUGGCUAGUGUAUAACAAAAUCUGCAUAACUUUAUUUGUGAAAUGGAGAUACGUCUAAAAAGUACUUAAGAUGAGAGAACAUGUUAGAAAUAAAUAACUUUAGCAGCA